GGGAGUGGAGCCGGAGCUGUCCGCGGUGCUGAACCCCCGCCGCUGCAGGAUAAUCCGCGCACCGGGUUUCAGAUGACAUGACCUCACCUGUGACACCAGCCCGACGGUUUCUUGAUGACUGAGUCCUAAAGUGAGGAUGUUCCUGGUGACUCCUGGUGAUCUAAAAAUAGAAGCUUUUCAGGAAAUCAACAACUCAGUGCAGCAUGACCAGAGCAUUAAAAUGAUUUGAAGAUAAUAACAUCGUCCUAAGUGCUACAACUUGGAUUAUUUACAGCCUGUAAACAUAUUGAUUUAUAUGUGGAACCUCUUUAGCCACAUAAUAAAGAUUUAUACUUCACUUUGUAAUUACAGUCAAGGCAUUCCCAUCGCUUCUGUUCAAUGACACUAAAUAAACAGAGAAGUUUAAAUAUAGGGUAUCAUUAAGUUCACUUGAGAUCACCAGAGUAUGUGUUGGAGAAGAGACAUAGAGGAGCACCUGAACACCAAACAGUGAGAUCUAAUUAAACCUCAGUGAGCAUGCCUCAGCUUGCUGCUCAGGUUACCAGAGGGCUUAUUAAUUUCCACCACUGAUUUGUACCACAUCCUUUCUCUUUGCCUUGUGGUUCACAGGAAACACUGCACUUACUUUUAAACAGCUGCAAUAUUCCCUCCCUUGCAAAAUGAGCGACACAACCUACUGGGUUGUUGACUAUGAUCUCUCCUCUCCUGCUCCACCUGGGCUCCCCAAGAUAGCGCACCCAGAACAAGGAACAGCCCUGUGUUUCGUGGGCCUCCUCGUGUUGCUUUUGCUCUUUCUUGUGGUCCGCUGCGUUCGUAUUUUGUUAGAUCCUUACAGCAGCAUGCCAUCAUCAUCAUGGAUGGGCCAUAAGGAUGGUCUGGACAAAGGACAGUUUGAUUAUGCAAUGGUGUAAAGAGAAAAGGUGACUGGGGAAGAUUAAUCAUAAGAUUAGAGGAGAGGAUCUCCUGCAGAACUUUGGACUAUUUUAUUUGUGAUGUUCUAACCUUAACUGUUCAGCCUCUGACAAUGAAAACAGAUGCAAUGUUAAGCAUAAUGGUUGCUUUGUG